ACCCCGUGUUGUCCGCAGCUCUGUCAACUGUUUAUGGGGAAUAAUGACAAUUUGGUGAAACAGUUCAUUGUUUAAUAAUUAUCCUUUGAGAUAAUAAUUAUGUUCAUCAUCAUUCACACUGUGAUAUUGUGACAGUACGCUAGGAGAGGUGUUAUUAUAUCGUGACGUCACGCUCUCAGGUGUUGUGUUACUAAACGAGCAACGCCACGCAUACAUUUAUGAAGAUGCUCAACAUGCUGGAAAAUAUAACAAAGAUUAUAUCGACAUGGCUGCUUGUUUGCACAGCUCCACUUACAUUCGUCUUUGCCGACCAUCCUUGCCAAGUAAUGUCUUCGCCCCGACACGCCCCAACCGCCCUUACAGUGAAGACCGGCAGUAGCUCCAUCACACUGUGGGUUAGGGGCGUCGGGACACACCCCCGGCAGGAUAGCGACGUGGUUACCUUUCGCAUAAGUCCUAACUACUGUAACGAGACGGAGACUAUGGUUAGGAUGAGCACCGAUCUGCAGAGGUGGAUCCCUCUUUGUAUACCAGUGCAAUCCAAACCAGGGGAUUCUGUGAACGUCAGCUGUAGUGCAGACAUAGACACAAUCUGGUCUACAUGUAAGCUAUCACCGUAUUCACCAACCGACUCGUGUUCGUCUAUGUCACCCUGCCUGACCUCUGACCUGCCAGAAGGGUUCAACAUCUACCUGUUAACUUUCGGUGGUUCUCUCACCCUCCUGCUUCUCGUCCUCAUCUUCUCCCUCUACGUCUGCUUAGUGCACCUGUCCAACAAGCUAGUACAAGGAGAUCACCGGGUGACCAUGUCAAUGUUCGAACCAUCAAGGGCUAUGUGCAGCGAGAGUGAGAGUGAACCACACAACGCCCAGUCAGUUCAGCCGACGCCAGUCAACGGCUUAGACUCCACGCUAGAAAAGGCGGAAGACGUGAAUGAAACUGGCGAUGUAUAUGGCAAUCCGGGCUUCACCUCGUUGACUUUAACCAGGCGAAAAGCAGCCCAUGACAGCGAGAACAGCUUGUACGAGGUAGAAACUGGCGAUACAGACUUCACUAUCACCAGCGAGAACAGCUUGUACGAUGCAACCACCAAGCCGCUAGAGUAUUAUCAGUAAUGGAUAACAAGGUAAUUUGGUGUGGACACAUAGGUAUCGUUUUAGUGUAAUGUGUGUAAAGGUUAUGUAAUUACUUGUUUGUUGAAUGUUUGGUGAUCUCUAUAUAUUAAGUUUUAAAGUAUAUGUUGCUGAGUUGUGGUUAGAUAUAUGUAUGUACUAAGGAAAAUAUAUUGUUCAUGAACCAAAAGAUGUUUAUGUACGCAGCGCAAGAAAAUAAAGAGAAUGGAGACGGAAGUAGAAAAAAUGCAUUCAAUAUUUUCCCUUUUGCAAAAUUUGACACAGCUACCUCUAACAUGACAUUGAAACCACAAUUAUGUAUUGUUGCGACAAAUAAAAAAUCCUCAGUGUAAACACACCGGUUUAUUAUGAAAAUGCGGCUGCCAGUUUCGGAUUCAUAUGCGUUUCUAUCACGACAGGAACUUGCUGAUAAAAUCGCAUUUGUUGUUGAUGUUGCUUCCGCGCUCUCGUAAACAAACCUGGCUGUUUGUGGAGCUGGUUUGCCUUUGUUCUCUUUUACGGAC